AUGAAAAAUUUAAAUAUCAUAAGUAACAAAAUAGUUGAGGAUAGGGUGAAGGAAUAUUGUAGAAAAAUUGAGGAGAAUAAAUUAAAGAAUGUAAAGCCCACUAUAAAGUUUGAAAGAAAUAAAAUAAAUAUAAAUAACAAAAAAAAACUAUACUUAGAGAAAUUAAGAAAUGAAGAAAUAGAAAGAAAUAAUAAUAUUCUUAAAAAAAAAUUGGAAGGAAUUAAUAAGAGGGAAAAAAAAAACAUCGAACAAAAUAAACAAACAGGAUCACAAAAAGUUAAUACAAAUAAAAAAAACUUUCUUGCUGAAAAUAUAAAAAAAGCCAAACUAAAAAAAGAAAAGACAAAAACAAAUCAUUCCAAUGUAACAUUGAAUGAUCAUAUAUCUAUAAAAAAUAUGAAAAAAAUCGUCUACAAGGGUUAUGUCGACGAUAGCAAAAAGAGUUACAAGUUUUAUACAGAGCUAAAAGUUGAUGACGAAUCCAAUUUAAGUAUUCUCGCAUUGAAUUUGAAAAACAAAAGAAUAAAAAAGUUUUUUUAUAAUAAGGAAAAACAUAACGAGUUAUUAAGUCAAUUACACUCAUACGAUGAAAUAGCUAAAAGCAUUACACUGAUAGAAGACGAAAAUGUAGAUAAAAAUAAAAAAGUACGAUUAAACAAAAAAGAAACAAAAACAACAGAAAAUGAAAAACCAUUGAGAAUAAAAGAUAGAGUUAUGAUGGAAAAUAUAGAAAAGACUUGUGAUUUUUAUAUUAAAAAAUAUUUUAAUGAGGAUUUAGAAGAUAACAAUUUUUUAAAUGAUAUAGAUAAAAUGAAUAGUUCAGACGCAAAACAAUCUAAUGAUCUAUUGAAUUUUAAAAAAAGAAAAAAUUCUUUUUUAUUGAUGAAAAAUGAAAUCUUAUAUAAGUCAAAAAUUAAUGAAGCACAAGCUCUUUUAAUUUUUCAAAAAAUUAAAGAAAAAUUAAAAAAAAAUAAAAAUUUUAUCAAGUCGAAUAAAAACAUUUCUUCCUUCGUAACAAAGACUCAAAAAGAAAAUAACCUCAACAGCAAUACAAAUGCUGAUGUAACAGACAGGGCAACAAUGCAAGAUAAACAAAUAAAUGAAGAUAUACAAAUAAUAAAACAUGUACAAGAAAAUAGAGAAAAUGGAGAGGAUAAAUUAAAAGAAAUAAAUGAAAUAAAAGAAAUAAAUGAAAAUAAAAUAGAGGAUGUGGCACAAAAACAUGAAGAACAAAUAGACAACCUGGAAAAGGAAAAAAAAGAAGCUGAUGGAGAAGAUAAAGAAGAAGAAAAUAAAGAAGAAGAAGAUAAAGAAGAAGAAAAUAAAGAAGAAGAAAAUAAAGAAGAAAGUAAAGAAGAAGAGGAUAAAGAAGAAGAAAAUAAAGAAGAAGAAGAUAAAGAAGAAGAAAAUAAAGAAGAAGAAAAUAAAGAAGAAGAAGAUAAAGAAGAAGAAAAUAAAGAAGAAGAAUAUAAAGAAGAAGAAUAUAAAGAAAAAGAAUAUAAAGAAGAAGAAAACAAAGAAAAAGAAUAUAAAGAAGAAGAAAAUAAAGAAGAAAAAAACAAAGAAGAAAUACAUUCUCAUUUGGAUAUACAUCAAACUAAUUAUGAUGAAGAGAAACUUGGUCUUUCCAAAAAAAUGGAAAGUCAAGAGGAAGAUAAAAAAGAUACAAUGCAAAAACAAAAUGAUGAAACCUUACAAAAUAAUGAAGAAAAUAAUUUAAAAGAUGUCUAA